UAUCUCAUAUCAUCAUUUGUCAGCUAGCCCAUUGCUUUACGGCUGACGUAAAGUGGGUUCGGAAGCUGUCGUUAUUUAUUUAUAUAUUGUUUUCUACUUUAUUUGUGGUGCAGAUGGAUCGUGUUCAGUUUUAUGCGAUCAGAACCGGACAAGGAAUAUUUUAAGAUCUAUUGAGAGAUUGUGAAACUAAACAUUUACAAAGCCAACAUGACAUGUCUUAAUUUUUCUCUUUUGGUUUUGCUGUUGUAAUAAAUAUGACAGUUGUAUAAAUGUAACUAAUAUCUGAAAGUAUUGUAAGGAUAUCACAAAUACUUCGUUUUCUUUCAUUUUUAAUGACGAACAGUUUUGUAAAUAAGUGUUGUAGCUUUGUACAAUUAACUUUCUUGUCUUUUCACAUUAAUGACAAAAUGAGCUAUUAUUUUAUGAGGCAGAUAAAUUAUUGAUUUCUUUAACAACUAACGCGAUCAUAAGAAAAGUGUUUUCUGAUUUGGCAGGUAAACAAAUAAAAUGUGUAAAUUCACAAAAUGCCUGCAAGCGGGCAACAUCUCUAAUGAGCCAAACAUCAAUGAAUGAAAAACAUGGAAAACCCGUGGCUUUGUAUUGUAUAUUUUUAUUCGAAAACCCAAAAGACUUACAUACAUUUUAAUGUGUUUUAUCACAUAUUACAUUAUAGUAAAGGCGUUUUUUUAAUGGACCUUUCAACGACAAUGCUGUUUUGCACAACAAAAGCAAAUCCACCUAAUAGCCGCAAGGGGGCAAUAGUUGUCCAUAAUAGUCAAUAAACAGAAAACGAUUUAUUUGGUUUUUAUUAUUAUUAUUAUUAUUUUGCUAAAUGAAACUCCGCCGCUGGUCAUUCUUCACCUUUCCUCAAAAUGACCACUAGAACGUCCUGUGUUUAGAUCUGUCUGUAACCGAUCAAUGACAUUAUUAAAUAAGUACUAAAUAUCCCCAUCAGAGGGCGACAGAGCAGGCGAAAUGGAAGUGGAUUGACACGUAUUAAAAUAAAAAUAAAAAAAAGUCUCGUUAUUUAAAGAAGUUACACAGACUAUACACCGCCUUGUAUGAGUGUUAUAAAUCGUGCUUAUCUAAAGUCGGAAUAAAAUCUCUUUCAUUGAACGCACACAGCCAGCCCUGGGCACGCAGUUGAGUGAAGAUGGUUUCUUCUCUCUCACGUCCAAUCAGAUUCUGGCGCAGAAAUUUAAACGAUGCCGCUUGAUGUGUCAGUUGUUUCAGCACCGAAGCGACAAAAGGGAUCAUACUUCUCAUCUUCAUCUUUAAACCAACCCUUUUGUUUCAGAGAUGUGGUGAUGCAAGCAGAGGAGGUGCCAGAUGAGAUGAAGCCUCAUGAAAUACCUCCAUAGUCCAUCGUCUGAACCACGAUCUUCCCAUUAAGACCAGGAAUACACUUUUUAAAAGAAUGGCGUCUAAAAUAGAUCUGCUUUGCAAUGCUUCAGCUAAUGGAGACGUGGACAAAGUUCUGAUUUUGCUCAAAGAGGGUGUUGCCAUCAAUGGAUUAAAUAGAUACAAAAGAACUCCUUUGCAGGUGGUGAAGCUGGGGAACACGCCGCUCGUUCGGACCCUCCUGCAGAAUGGAGCGAACCCCAACAAGCGUGACCCGGUCUUGAAUCUCACGGUGACUCACGACGCAGCGCGCGAGGGAUUCGUGGAUUCUGUGCACGCGCUCAUAGAUAAUGGAGCGGACGUGAACCUUGUGGAUGACGACCUCAACCUUCCGCUGCACCUGGCCGCGAGGGAGGGGCACCUGGAGGUGGUCCGGCUUCUGCUGGGACUGACCGCAGACCCCACAGCGACCACCGGGCUGGGGUACACCGCCCUGGAGCUCGCGCUGGACUACAAACGGAGGGAGACCGCCGAAUGCAUCCAGGAGUACUUAAGCUCGCGUCCAAGCAUGACCAGCCCAGCAGGAGGGAUUGGCGCCCCAGAUGCAGUAGCUUUACCACUGCACCCUCUGCUGAUAACGAGCCUGCUAGUGAGAUGCAGGUCCAGGGCCUAACAUCCUGCAGCAGUACAGCCAGCACAUAACAGAUGUUCUCUCUCUCCUGGUUUUGAUGUUACCUUUAGGUAAAAUUCUUAAUGCAGUUUGCUUUUUCUGAUUUAAACAAAAAUCAAAGCUUUGAUUUUUAUUGUUUAAACAUAAAAUAAUGAACAAACAAGAAAAUG